UUAUUGUUUUUAGUAUAGACAUUCUUUUCUACAAUUUGUGUUUACUAUUUAACUAUUCUUAGGUUAUGAUAAUUGUUUUAUAUUAUUUUAUAAAAACAUAUAGACAGGGUUUGAGUUUGUGUUUUUUUCUAAUGUACUCUUUUUGCUAGAUGGACUUAUAUCUUACAUGUACCUAUGUCUACCAUGAUUAUAUGGUAAAUUUAAACGAAGAAGAUGAAAAGCAACAUAUGGUUGAUGUCUUGUAUAUCGCUAGACCUUCUAUUAGCACAAUACAAGAAGUAUCUUGUCAAGGGGAGAUUGUGGACGAUUAUCAUGAAUUGGCCGCAAAUAAUGAUUGGGGAAAGAGGAACAUAAUAGGGAUGCGGGAGGUUGGGUUGAGAGAGGCUGAGUUGGUGAUUGCAAUGGAUUCUGAAGGUGAUGGGUUUCUUUGUUUGAAGGAUUUGGUAAAGAUGACGAAGGGAGUAGAAGAUGGAAGGAAGGAGACGAAGGGAGAGGGAUGGAGAAAAACUGGGAUAGAUGGAUUCUGUUAGACAAAAAAUAAUGUGAUACACUGUUAGCUAGCUCAGUGUUUUUAAGGUUUAAUACCUAUUUUGGUUUCUCCUUUGGGAGGGUUUGUUCAAAGUGGUCCCUCCUUUUUUCAAAAGUUCACUUAAGUCCCACCUUUUGUAAAAACUGUUCAAAGUGGUUCUUUUUGCUAACAGCGUUAAUUUCCCUAACGGUAGAGCUGCCAGGUGUCUAACAUCUGAUUAUGUGGCAUUGUUAAUUGUUUUAAAAAAUCUUUAUAAUUGUGACGUGUAAAUUAUAUUAAUUAGGGUAAAAUAAAGAAAGGAAUUAGGGGUAAUUAGGGUGAGAAGAUUGGGGUAAUUGGAAUUCGAUUGUGAUUGGGAUUGGUAUUGAAAUUGGGGUCAGCUUAGGGUUCGUGGUUCGUGAGCACGAUUGAAAUUGGGUUCAAUCUUCGUCGUCAGGUUAGUGGGCGUUGUUCGUCAAGGUUCGUGGUUCGUCAAGGGAGGGUUUUUGUGCCGUGGUGGCUUUGUGUUCUUCUCUUCCGAAAACUUCGUUCAGUCCAAAGGCGGCGAAACACUUUGGUUCAUUCAUUCGAUGACUCCACACACUCACUACUCUAUGAAUUUGGAAACCUUUUUCCCACUCUCACCAUAUUCAUCUCUUUUCCUUUCUCCUUCGUCUCGUUCCCAUUCCAUUUAAAUUGAUGUUCCCUCCCUCCGUUUCCCUCGCCAAGGGACUCAAUUCUCUUCCCUCCCCUCUUCUUUCCCAACCCUCUCUCUCCGCCAUUUCAUCGAACAUGUGGCGUCACACUGCGAGACAAGCCUGUCGCGGUGUUAGCGUAAACUUCCACUCUCUUAGACUUAUCUCUUUAUCCCGUGCUUCCCUUUUCUCUCCCAGAACAAAUAUUUUGUCUAACUUAAAUACUUUGAUACUGUGUUAGGUGCGAUCAUUUUCAGUUUCGAUUAUGCGUUAAAGGGUUCUCUGGCGUUGCUGAGGCGGUUUCUUCUACCGACGUAAAGGAAGAUGGAACUGGUGUUGAUGAAAUUCAGCUUAGGGUUCGUGGUCUCAAUCUUCUCACCCUAAUUACCCCUAAAUCCUUCUUUAAUCCAAUCCUAAUUAAUAUAAUUUACACGUCACAAUUAUAAAGAUUUUUUAAAACAAUUAACAAUGCCACAUAAUCAGAUGUUAGACACCUGGCAGCUUUGCCAUUAGGGAACUUAACACCGUUAGCAAAAAGGACCACUUUGAACAGUUUUUGCAAAAGGUGGGACUUAAGUGAACUUUUGAAAAAAGAAGGGAUCACUUUGAACAAACCCUCCGAAAGGAGGGAUCAAAGUAGGUAUUAAACCUUUUUCUAAACACGAUUAGUUUUCAAGGACAAAAAAUUAAGGUUUUAAAAAAAAUAGGACUAAAAUAUACCUUACUUUUGACAGAUACACUAAAAAUAAAUUGUUUGAUAGUUUAAAAACUAAAAACAUAUUUAAUCCUAAUGAUUGUAUUUUUUUUAAAAUGAAAAAGGAAAAAACCAAAAAUGAUAGUUGUCUAGACAAUGCAAACUUCUAGAAGUUUUCUUUAAGGUCUGAACUGAACACAUUUUAAAGUUAAUACUGUUUGAUUUAGAAACGGAACAGUUGCUUCAAAAGAAACGGAACAGGGUAUUGGCAAGGUUCCCAUGUGAUUCUUCAACGGGCAGGGAACACGAAGCCGAAAAGGACGAAUUCAUCAACCUACAACCACGUAAAAACAAAAAAAAAACUGAAAAAAUUGAAAAUGUCAGUGUUUCCACACCAAACGACGCCGUUGUGAAAAGUCCGACGCAGAUUGUUAUGCGCGAGUGUCAACGUUGUUUGCAGUCUACUGCGUUCAACGGAAAAGUAAAGGACGCUCACGUCUCUUUUUCCAUCAACUAAUUUCCUAUUUAUUUAUUUAUUUAUUAUCUUAUUAUUUAUAUCAUUAUAAUACUAGUUCAAUUUCUAUUAAUCUUUUUCAAUUAUUUAUCAUACAGCUAUUCACACCGCCAUUGUCGCCAUUACUUUACCAUUUCAUCAUUUGAUCUGCUUUGAUUCUUCGUCUUCAAGCAGACGAAAGUCAUCUAAAAUCCCAAAUAAAAAAAGUGAGAUUGUUUUCAUUACAUAGUAUAUUAAAAGAAAAAGAAAAAGAAAAAA